AGACUUACCACCAUCAACCCAUGUUUUGUUCCAGUGUCAUUUUGAGGCAGGAAGCAAAAACUUUCAGGCCAUGGACGACUUUUCAACGAAUUAACCCAAAGUGGAACGAGCACCCACUCUUUUAGUGAGAGAAAGAGUGAUCUGUGUUCAGUGAUGUGAGCCUUUCAUCUAAUCAAAUCAUCUGUUCGUCUCCAUAGUCGUGCUCUGUGAUUGUGCCCAUGGUUUGAUUUAAGUUCUGGACUAUGACGAGAAAUGCAUUUUCAACUGCGGCAGACGAGGUCAUGGGACAUGAGGCAACAUUCCGAUGAUCUGCAAAUGCAACCUGGAGUUCAUUGUCAGUUGCUUGUGUUGUAAAGAUGUCAAGUUUUACUCGAGAUGACAUCCUCCUUGGAGGUGGCCACAAAGGGAUCGCUACUAUUACUACCAACCAAAGGUUCUCAUGGCAUCGACGAAGAAGUAGAUCUGCCAAAGGUUCGGGGAUCCUCGUGCUACUGCCUCUUCAAUGGCUUCUGAGCGUUUCGAGCCUGGCUCUGAAGCUUUUGUUUGUGUUGGUCUUUGUCUCCUUGGAAUGUGAUUCUUUGCGACGGAUCCCGAGGAACAGCAACCUCCCCACCACCAGUGGGACCACCUCCCGCAGUGUGCGACCGCCAGGGGUCAUUGCCAAUAAAUUGGGACCCACUUUUCAUCUCGAGCCUCCGGCGGAAUAUCUCUUCUCCAAUGACACGGGCGGGAUUUUGGACUGUUCAGCUCACGGCAUUCCUAGCCCCAGGAUCAUCUGGCAAACAGCUGAUGGGCAACAUCUUGUGGAGACCACGUUGCGGGAAGUCUUGCCGCAGAACCAUUCGUUAUGGUUUAGACCGUUUCCAAUGCCCGAGUUCAAGCCCGAGAUCCAUCACAAGUCUUACAGGUGCUUGGCCGUCAGUGAAAGUGGGACCACCGUUUCCAGGACGGUCAAAGUCAAAGCAGUGCUUCGACCCGAUCUCAAUGUCCAAGUCAAGGCUGAGACCAUCUCGCCCGGAAAUUCGGCCUUACUACGCUGUGAAAUGAAUCGAGAUGCCAAAGAAUACACCCAAGUUUGGGAGUGGCACAAAGAUGGCUCCAAAGUGGCUGGACGAGAUUGGAGUGGGAUCCCAAGAACCAUGGCCUCCUCUCGAUAUCUGAUGCUUCCGAAGGACGGCCAUCUCGUGGUUUUACGGGCGGAUCUUCGAGAUACCUUGAAUUCCUACCGAUGUGUCAUCAAGAACAUGUUAAGCAACGAUGAGAUCCUAAGUGCAGCCUUCAACAUCGAAGUAGAGAGCUCCACCACCCAAAGCCGCCCUAAAUUACUCUUAGGCUCCGCAACGACCAAGGAUCUCCGUUAUGUCGAGGUUGGCCAUGGGCAAGAUGCCCUGAUUCCUUGCUUCACCACCGGCUCCCCGCCACCAUUAACGAGUUGGUUCCAAGAGGCCCAUCACCAUUUACUACAACCAUUGCCAUCGAACCCGCGAUUCCAAGAGAUUGGGGGAGCUCUCAUCGUCAAAAAUGUGAAAUCCACCGAUUUUGGGAGCUACAGAUGUGUCUCCCGCAAUCCCAAUGGAGAGACUUCGACCAGUUUCCACUUGAUACCUCUGAAGCCCAAGGUUUUUGGCAUGGAACUGGUUCCAGAUCUCCAAGUGGCUAACUUGGGCUCUCAAGCCAAAUUUCGAUGUCGGAUCUUUGCCAAAACGCCAAAGAAGUCUGGAGCCAAUUUGGAACCCGGCGAGAUUAACGAUUAUUACGCAAGAAAUGCCACUCAGGGAGAACAACAACAACAACAACAACAGCAGCAGCAGCAGGCGUCACAGCAGAUAUUGAGCGGCCCCAUCACAUGGUUGAAAGAUGGUCGCCCCAUCCAUUCUCUUCCACGGGUUCGCUCUCUUGGGACGGUGAACAAUCAGAAGCGGAACGAGGCCUCAAUCGUGAUCAGUAACGUCCAAAUCGAAGAUGCGGGCAUUUAUCAAUGCUUCAGCCGGGAUGCCAAUGGCAAGGAAUUGCAAUCCUCAGCAGAACUUCGCAUGGGAGACGCGGGACCUAGAUUUUUAUACACGUUCAUUGACCAAACUCUUCAACCGGGACCGACUGUCUCGCUAAAAUGCAGUGCAGCGGGCAACCCAACACCCAAUAUCAAAUGGACUUUAGAUGGAUUCCCGUUGCCAGAUUCCGAGAGGUUCAUGAUUGGGCAAUAUGUCGAUUCCCGGGGUGACGUCAUUUCUCAUCUUAACAUUACACAAACUCGGAUCGAAGAUGGAGGUCGAUACUUCUGUGAAGCCUACAACAGAGCUGGAUCCGUGAGUCACUCUGCACGACUCAAUGUGUACGGUGCACCGUUCAUCCGCAGAUUUCCAACACCCUUGAGAGCCAUUGAAGGAAAACCCUUCCUCAUGAUUUGCCCGGCAGCAGGGUUCCCAAUUGAAGAAAUCACGUGGACCAAAGAUGGGCGGACCCUCAUUCGAAGUCCGGAUUUGCGGGUAUUCCCCAACAACGGCACUCUCAUCGUCAAUUCCGUGUCAAGGUCAAGAGAUGAAGGCUUCUACACUUGCCGGGCUCGAAACCGACAGGGCCAGGGAGCUGAGGGAUCUACUAACCUCAAAGUGAUUGUUCCACCUGAAAUAGUCCCUUUCCCCACCUCCUCUCAAGUCGUACAGAGAGAAGGCUUCCGUACCCGGCUGCUUUGCGGACUGGCCCGGGGUGACCUUCCCAUCACUUUCCGCUGGCUCAAGGACGGAUCGGCUUCAGUCAAGCCUUCGGCCUUGGUCCAGAUCACCUCUGUAGACGAUUUCUCUUCUCUGCUCACGUUUGUUAGUCUUCAGUCUCACCAUUCCGGCAACUACACGUGCGUGGCUGAAAACUCGGCGGGUCGGGCAGAGUUCACUGCUCAGCUCACAGUAAAAGUGCCGCCAUCUUGGAUCUUGAAGCCUCAAAGCCUAGACACAGUGGUUGGGGCGCGGGUGGAGCUACCUUGUCAAGCCAAUGGCUCACCUGCAGCCUCCAUUGUGUGGAAAAAAGAACUGGCUUCUCGGCCAGGGGAAUUCCUCGAGCUCUUUCCUGCCUUGUCCUCGGGACCUUUCGCCUCCUCGACUUCCUCUUCUUCGUUGUUGUCAUCAACAUCCUCAUCUUCCAUGAUCGAGGUGGUUGAGCACACCAACUGGUUUUGGGCACCAAAUGGAUCCCUCAUUUUGGCACGCGCUCAACCCGAAAGAAGUGGCCGGUAUCUGUGUCAAGUCUCCAAUGGGAUUGGACAAGACCUCAAUCAAAUGGUUACAUUCACUGUCAAAGCUCCUCCCCAAAUCAUAUUAGGCUCGAAGCAAGGCGUGGUGAGCACUUUUGCUGGAUCCAGGACCGCCCAACUGGAAUGCGAAGCCAAGGGGGACAAACCCAUUUCUGUCACUUGGAACAAGAAUGGUCAAAAUCUGAUGUCAAAGAACACCGAGCGCCGUUAUUCCAUGGAGACACUGACGACGGCCUUGGGUGUCAAAUCCGUGUUAACACUUCGACAGGUUAUUAAGGAGGAUGAGGACAAGUACAGCUGCCAUAUGAAGAACCCUUAUGGCGAGGACAUUGGAGAAAUGUUCCUUCUAGUGCAAGAGCCCCCUUCUCCUCCAGUGGGUCUUCAAGUGGGCCAGGUGAAGAGUGAUAGUGUCCAUCUGGUGUGGUCCAUAGCAUCCAAGGUCGUGGCAUCUCAUCUCGGAGUGGCAAAUGUCCAAAACUUGCCCAUCACUAAGUUCAUCAUCGAUAUUUCUCCAGUCAAUGUCCCGUGGGACUCGAUUGGAAGUGGGCCUACUUCUAUUGAAGGCGUUGUCAGAAGGCUCACUGAAGAUGGAGGCCACCGCACAUCGGCUUCCAUCCUCAAUUUGAGGCCGUAUGUCGAGUACAAGGCACGGAUUAUGGCCGAAAACGCCUUGGGCGUAGGCAAGCCCAGCCCGGAUAUCAAGUUUCGAACCUUGGGAUCGGCACCCGAGGGACAAGUGCGUGAUGUUCGUGUGAAAUCGACCCAUCCGAUGAUGUUCUUUCUUCAGUGGGAAGAUCCAGAGACCCAUACGUGGAAUGGUCCACUAACAGCCUACAAAAUUGGUUGGAAAAAAGCGCAACAAACCGAUAAGACCUAUAAUUGGACUGAAAUCGAACGUCACGACACUUCAGACUUGAAAGUGACACUCAAGGAUCUGACAGCCUUCACUCAAUACGAAAUUAUAAUUCAAGCCAUCAACGACUUCGGGAUUGGGCCCAAGAAGACCGUGGUCUCGAGAACCCAAUCCGAUGUCCCUCUUGAGGCUCCUUCGCACAUCAAAUGUAGGUCAGCCAGCUCGACCAGCAUCGAGAUAUCUUGGAAGCCUUUAGAACCAGAUGAGGUCCGCGGAGAUUUGGUCCAAUACAACAUUCACUACCAAGACACAGAAACGGGAACGCCGGAAAAAGUGUCUACGCCAUUUGCCGGAAUCUUCACCGUGGAUGAAAAGACCGCAAGUCGAUUGGAGAAAGGCGUCCAUUUGGAGGGGUUGACCCCCAAUCGCAAUUAUAGUCUCCUCCUGAGUGGACAAACAUCUCGAGGGGAAGGACCGAUUUCUCAACCAACGACUUUUUGUCUGACCUUGGUUGAUGUUCCAAAGCCGCCCGAGGCUCUGAAAAUAUUGAGAAAAUCUAGUACAUCGGUGGUUUUAUCUUGGUUGCCACCAUCUGGAUUAAAUCGAGAACGCCUUUCCCACUAUACCAUCUACCAAAAGUUCCGUAAAAACGGCAAAGUUGAGCUUCUCCCAACCACUGUACCAACCACCACCACUCAUUACGAGAUUAGAGGCUUGGAUCGCACCGUUUUCCACACAUUUUGGAUCACGGCCACCAAUGAGAUCGGAGAGGGGGAUCCCUCUGAAAUACAAGGAACUCGUCUCGUGGAAUUGGAUGGCAGGAGCAUUGUGUUGCUGUCUUUGAAUCAAACUCUGACCGUAAUCAAGUCUCACACGGCCAUUUUGCCCUGCGAGUUUCUACGCAACGAGCGCGAGCAAAACCAGUAUCACAGAUUAUGGAUGAAAGAUCAAUCUGUUUUGAGCGGGAGUUCAAACAGGAUUUGGUCUGUUCGAGAUGAACUCAGGAUCAGAGAUACUCGACAAAGGGAUUCCGGGAAUUACUCGUGCACCGUCAAUAAUCCAAAUGGCGGAGACAGUGUUUUCUAUGAAGUUGUCAUUCAGGACGUCCCUGACUCGCCAGAAAUUCACAUAACCUCCCUGGAUCCUAAUUCCAUCUCUCUGGAGCUUCGCAUUGCUCAAGAGUUGCAUUCUCUUCCCUUGAUCUCUUGCACUGUCUUUUACAAACAAAUGUAUGGAAGUCUCAGCCAAAAGAUCAUUCCUGGUCGUCAGAUUCAUAACAUUCACCUGAGAGACCUGCAAUGCGGGCGAACCUACCAGAUUUAUGCCAGAUGCACCAAUCGUCUUGGCCAUGGCAGCAUGUCCAAGCAAGUGAGCCGCAGGACUUUGGGCCAAAAACCAGAAGUUCCCAACCAGGACUUUCUGCAUCCUAGUAAUGAGUCGGUACGACUCGAUUUAUAUCGUUGGAACUCUGAGGAAUGCCCGGUCAGUUACUUCGUGGUGGAGUACAAACUGGUUGAGGACCAAGAUUGGACCUUGGUAUCAAAUAAUUUGCAAUUGAUAACGAGGAGAUUUUCUAUCCGCCAACUUCAGCCGGAGCAGAAUUACCAGAUCCGAGUCCGAGCCAACAAUGCCGCUGGAUCGUCCGAGAAUUUGUAUAGCUUUCAAACAAUCUCGCCAAAAGAUAAAGGAGAACGAUUGGGAUCUGGAUCGUCUUUGGACGAUUCCAGGAUCAAAUUGGAGGACCAAGUUGUUCUCAUUGUCCCCGUGGUCAUUGGUGCUCUCCUCGUGAUUGUGCUCAUCAUUCUCGUCGUUGUGUUCAUUAAGAAACGUUCGUUUUCGAGGAAAGGGGUUUUCCUUCAGUCCGAGGAGCAUUUGGCAGCCUCGUCCAACUACCAGGAUUCUUUCAACUCCAUGGCCAAACUUCCGGACCCCAAUCUUCCUCCUCCUGAGGCCAUUUACGCAGCUCCAGGCCCUUCCAUGUACCAACAAAUAUCUGGUGAUACAACAACACCCUCAACCUUGAGCAAGAUUCCAGAAAACCCGGAGGACAUCUUUCCAUAUGCGACCUUUGUCCUCCCUGAGGGUGUGCAUCCAUCUCAAGUGGUCCCACAUACUGGAACGUUGGGUCGUGUGAAUCUCGUUCACGGAACGGUGGGUCGCAUGGACUCGUUAGUGCUCCAUCAGAACCCAACUUUACCGCUCUCGGAUGCCAACAGCAAAUCGAGUGCUAGUAAUAACUACUCUUCAGUUCAUCGGCCGAAGCGAAGAAAGAAGCGCUUGAGCCGCCAACCCUCCAAAGCAGUUGAGGAAAGCGAUUCGGAUUGUCUUCCUCCAACGAAGAGGAACGAAAUCGGUUCCAAAUUGGAUUUCUCUCAUUGGGAUCCAUCUCCGAAGAAGCCGUUCCGACCUCAGCAUCAAGUUCAAAUUAUUCAGAAUUAUGCGAAACGUCAUGGACGAAGUCAGUAUGAUCCGGAUUCCACGAGUUUUUCGUCGGAGAGCGGCGAGAGUUCGCCUGAUUGCGGUCGAUCCCCUCUAGCCACGCCCAUUUCUGAGGAAGAGCGUAUAUUCAUCAAACAAAAUAACGGUCAAUUUAUGGCUCUCAAACCCUCUCAAGUGAUGAUGCACACCCAUCGAAGUCAUUUACAAGAAAAUCCCCAAUUCUCGCCCAUUCGAGGGCAAAAUGACGCCCUCUAUGAACUCUCCGAGACCGAAUCCAGUGAAUUUCAACAUCAAGGCGUGACCUCGUUUCAAAACUAAAAGCACAUGCCAUCAUUCUGUUUUUCUUUUGUGCAUUCCUGUGAUAGAGUGGACACACAUAUCGGAGAAUUGAGGGAAAAACCAUUCAUGGAUUUUGCUCUUUUAAUCAAUCUAUCGUUUUUGCGUACUUUUGAUAAGUGUCUCCAUUAACAUUUGAUAUCAAGACAAGCUUUUUCAAUAAAUCUCAUUCAUACUUA